UCUCCAAUGCUCUGUGUGCAGUUGUGUGUAUUGUGUAGUGGUUAUAGUUAGUCCGCGAGGAGUCUGUAACCGUUGCGGUCGUCUUGCAAACUUAACUGUGUUCUUGCGCCGAAACGCAGUACGAACCGACCGAGUAGCGCGGUGAUGGGACAAGCCCGAUCAUAGUCAACAAAACCGAAAAUGCAUAUUCUGGAAAUCGGAGCCGAUCAAGAAGAAGAUGGUGGGAGUACGCGAGUUGUGGACGCAGCCUUCCGGACUGUACCACGAGACCACACAACAUUUCUCGUGUGGAAAGUUACGGAAGCCAGCACAGAGCUGUUACCUCGCACACACUAUGGGACAUUCUAUGACGCUGAAGCAUACUUGGUUUACUCGGCGUCUCUUCUCUGCCAUCCGGCUGGGCCGGACGUCAUACGUCGAGAGAUUAAAGAGAGUAAUGGAGAUUAUGCGGAACGCCACAUACACGCCUGGGCUGGAGAACGCUGCGGAAAUCUUGCCGCACUCGCCCUUCGCCGUGGAACACAGCUCGCUACGUAUCUUGGCAUGCCUGUAGUCAUUCAUCGGGAGGCGUCUACCAAGGAAACUCCUCGGCUCCUUUCCUACUUUCGAGACGGUAUAAGGAUCCUUCGUAGCGGAUCGAACUUGAAUGGUGCAGCACGUUUAUACCGUGUUCGUGGUCGUCGACCGCUUCUCGUCCAAUUGGAACCGGUAUCAUGGUCUCAGUUGGCUGCAGACGGUGUAUUCGUUUUAGACACCUCUUCCCUGCUCGUUCUGUGGCUGGGGCGAGCUGCCAAUCUUGUCGAGAAAAUAUUCGGUGCCAAGAUCGCUUACCGUAUGGCCCGAGGAGCUGAUAAAAGUACGUCAGUUCGGCGUAUUGCCAUCGCUCAUGACGGGUACGAGCAAACUUUACCAUCAAACGAUCGCGCCCUACUUGACACCCUGCUAGAAUUGCGAGCACGCUCAGUCCGUCCAGCUUCCCCUCCCCCCGAUCCUCCUCGUACCGCUCGUCUGUACAAGGCGACACAACCUCACAGAGUUACACCUGUCACUGUACCUUCCCUAAGACCAGCAGCGAGGCUCGAAGAAGUCAAACGAGCACCGUUGUUCAGAGAAGACCUCACUGAUGAUGGUGUAUAUAUAGUGGAUAGUGGAAGCCGAGGAGUCUGGGCAUGGAUAGGACCACAAGCGACAGGUCCUGGUAAGCGUGGUGCUUUGGCAGCUGCCCGCGGCCUUGCUCGUGCUAAGCGCCACACCGGCGCAGUAUGUGUGACCACAGCUGGACGAGAACCAUUAGAAUUUGCUUCUCUAUUCCGAAAUUGGCGCUGGUGUGACGCUCGACGGGAUAUCAGAGUUCGUGCAGCCCGCUCGGCAACUACAAAGCUGGACGCGGUUAACCUCGCCACUAACGCUUGGCUUGCUGCUGAGGCACAACUACCUGACGAUGGAUCGGGUUCUCUACGUGUGUGGCGCGUCCGAAGAUGCGGUGUAGAUGAAGACGCGGAGAAAGAGGCAGACGGUGCACUGGCAGAGGUCGAGCGACCACAAGCAGCUGCCUUUUACGAUAGAGACUGUUACAUUGUACUGUACACAUACCAUUCUCCUAACGGAGACCAAACGAUGAUUUACUACUGGAUGGGUGGCUCUGCGCCAAAUGAUCUGAGGAAUUUGGGUGCAAAAGAAGCCAAAGACCUCUAUAUAAAGCUAGGCCGUCUUCCUGUCCAGGCCUGGGUGUACCAAGGAAAAGAGCCAGCGCAUUUUCUACAAAUAUUCAAAGGUCGAAUGAUUACAUACGUCGGUAGUGCAACCGAUUAUGACCCGAGCGGUCGUCGAGUGAUUCCGCCUAGCCGUGUGCUGAUCCUAGUGUCGGGUCAGUACGCGCGUGAGGCCCGCGGUACUGAGGUGCGGGGGGCGGUGAGGGGCGCGGGGCGGGGCGCGUGCUGCGUGCUGCGGGACGGAGCGCGCGUGUGGGUCUGGUGCGCCGCCUCCGCCACCGGAGACGAACGGGAGGUCGCUAAGAACAUGGCCGCCGUUGAACAUACCCUCGUCAUGCAGGGUAAAGAAAAGUCCGACUUUUGGGCAGCCUUGGGCGAUCGACGUCAUUUGUUAGUUCCGUCUGCAGUGAAAGAAAUAGAGCGCCCCCUCCCGCCCCGCCUAUUUUACGUCUCCAUAGGAGCACCAGGACAGUAUUCGUUUGAAGAGAUAGUCUCGUUCAGCCAGUACGACUUGAUGCCGGAGAUGGUGGGCAUCGUUGACGGGCACUGCGCGUUGUUCGUCUGGCUCGGAGCUCAUUGUUGCCCGCGGGCAAAAGACGACGCUAGAUCGAUAGCCCUUGCUUAUCUUGCACAUGAUCCUGCUGCACGAGAUAUGGAAACGCCUAUAAUCACAGUGAACCAAGGUCGCGAACCCCCACACUUUACGGGUUUCUUCCCACACUGGAAACAGUCCAUGUGGAAAGGUCAUAAAACGUUCAGCGCUAUAGUCAGCGCGUUGGAAGGCAAAGCCAUCGUCCAGCGCGGUAACAUCUCUAUACCUAAUGGUAACAGCACGAAUCGGUUCGAUCAGUAUGAGAAGUACCCAUUGGGACUGCUGCGAGGACCCAAAGAACAUCAACCCCCCGACGUUGACCCACUUGUGAAGGAGUUGUACCUAACUCACGAUGACUUCGUAGCAACAUUUGGCAUGCCCUACAGCGAAUUCCGAACACUGCCUGGAUGGAAGCAGAAGGAUCUAAAGAAAGCUGUUGGCUUAUUUUAAAUAUCCCAACUAAUUCAAUUUUAAAUAUCGUUUCUGACUAUAAUCUAGUUCCAAGUUAGAAAUGCUUCAUUUCGCUUGUAAUGUAUCUUCGCGCCCUUCUGCUAAAGGUUAGAAGGGUGAAUUUAGAAGAAUACUAAUAAGAAGUCAUUUUUAUUUAUUUAAAUCUAAGUUAUAAUCUCGCAUUCAUUUUAGAUUUUCCUUACAAUGAACGCGAUGUAAACGCGAGAUUGCUUUAGUUUUUCUUUAAUAAUAUCUACGUCUCGUGAACCACAGCAAACCUCCAAUUUUCCAAACAAUUUUCAUUAAAUAUUUUAUCAAUUUUUAAUUUUGCGGUAGGCAGCGGCUUGGCUUUGCCCUUGGCAUUGCUGAAGUCCAUGGGCGACGGUAACCACUCACCAUCAGGUGGGCUCGUCUACUUACAAGGGCGAUAAUUUUUUUUUUUUAAAAGAUUCCUAUCACAUACAACACACAGUUUACAAAUUAUUAGGCACUAUAACCACCGCUUGCUAUUAGGACGUGACGCUAUGGGAUCUAAUUUAUUCCAAUAUUACCUUUUAUCUUUCAGGGGUUGUUUAACAUAUUGUUUAUAAGAUCAUCCAAUAAUCAUAUUAUCAUUAAAUAAAUAUUAUUAAAGGCAUUACAGAAAAUUUUAUAUAAUUAUCUAAUUUUAUUGUAUGUUAUACAUACUCGUUUUAGUAAUUUUAACAAAAUCAAAUUACAAUCUUUUUUUUAAUAUUUUUAAUUACUGAUUGCAAACUUCAUUGUAAUGAACAGCACGUUAUAGAAUGUACAAUUUCUUCAACACGUUUUAAUUUAUUCGAAUAUUACUGUAACGACAACAAAUGUAUUGUUUAAAUAUUUAUUUUUCCUAAAACUACCUACGCAUUGAGAAUGUAAACAUUUAUUAUAAUAUAUAUAUACAGUCAAAACCGUUUACUGCGACAUCGUUUAAUACAACAUGCCGGUUAUAAUAACCUAGAACAAAGGUCCCGGCUGAAUGCCAUAUGACCGCCUUAUUAAAAAUAUUGCUUUCUACGACAUUGGUAAUAACGACAUACCUCAUAAAACGACCACAUUUAACUAAUAUUUCGGAGAAUUAGAUCUGUUAGAACGACCGGCUAAGCUGUAUUGUAAACAAUUUGAAUAGGUAUCCACAUUUGUCUUCAAUGGCUUUUAAAAUCAGGAAAGAAAACAAUAGGAUUUAGUUUAGUGUAGGGUCUUUCCUAAUUCUUAGAAACAAAACACGUGCAUGCGGUAGUCAAAGCCCGCUUCUUCAUAUCUCUUCAGUUAGUUUGUUUCAUAUCUAUACACAAGACACCAAAACUUUGUGGAGUUAUUCGUGAAACUUUCAAAAUGUCGCAAAGAAACAGAAAACAAAUUAAUAUUGAUGAAAAAUCGCGUAUUAUAUCCAAGCUAGAGGGCGGAAUUUCAAACAAAGACUUAACAAAGGAAUAUGGUGUAUCACACUCGACAAUUUUAACCAUUUGGAAAGAGCGAUGACGAUACAUUAAUUAAAAUCCAACGUGAAUUACAAAAAAUUGAAUAAAUAUAUUUUUCCAAUAAUUGCCUAUCGAUUUGUUUCUGCUUGCACGAUACACAUUAAGCAUCACCGGUUGUUACGACUAUCGGUUUUUACGACUGAAUAUGAGCAGUCCCUUCGAUGUCGUUAUAACCGAUUUUUACUGUAUAUAUCUUUAUAUAAUAUCUUUAAAAUAAUCUUCUAUGAAUAUUUUUUGCAAUCGCAUUGUAUUAGAAUAAAUAAUUCAUUACUUAAUAUGAUUAUGUAAUAAAUGAAAAUGUUGAAAAUUAAACAAUUAUGUUUUUUAAA